AUGUCAUCAAAAAGAAAACUCCCAAGAAUACCAAGACUCAAACCACAAUCCACCCCCACAACCACCACCACCCCAAUCACAGCCCAAGACUAUCUCGAACAAGCCACCACCAAUGAAGAAUCCGGAGACAGAUGGCUAGGUUCCGAUAUACCCAAAGCACUCCGCUUCUAUCAAAAAGCCCACGUUGCCUAUCUUACAUCUCUUCACCUCGGGACAAGUCCUGAUCCUGAAACGGUGUAUAAUUCCGCUAGGUUGAUGUUUCAUGUUUGGAACCUAUUCAAAGACGGGAAUAUUAUCAUGGAUGAGAUUCCGGAGUUGAAUGUGGGUUCGGAUUCGGUGGUGGUGGGAUUGGAUGAGAUUGUGAGGGUGCAUGAACUGGCUGUGAAUGUGAGUGUGAACACUGGGGGGAAAGUGGAUGGGGAUUUGUUGUAUAAUCUAGCAGUGGUGUAUACUGAGUUAUUAGACGAUGAUGGGGGAGAUAGGGAUAUGGAGAUGGAUGAGGUGGUUGGGGUGUAUAUGAAGGCGAGUAAGGUGUUUGAGGAGUUGAUUGGACGACAGUGUGGCGAUUUGGAGAGAUUUGUUGGUGAAUUGAAUGAGAUUGAUGGGGGUGGGAGCAGUAGUGGUGGGAAUGGCAAUGGGAGUCCUGGGGAGUCGAAACAAGAAGAAGAGGAAUAUGAGAGUGGAGAGGUUAUCCAACCGGUUGAUAUUUAUGAUACGGUACUUGCAGGAUAUAAACUAAUUCAAUCCGUGUAUGAACAUAUUCAACUGGAUUCCCAAAUCGAUUAUAUUAAUCAACUAACUGCCGAAUUAUUACAAUUGUGUGAUAAUACAACCAGUACAUUAAUCGACAAUUUCAGUAUCAAAUCCCCUCAUCCCAUGCUCGAAAACCUAUCACAAGAUCAUAUCAAUGAAUUAAUCAUCGCUAAGACAUUAAUCAUCGGAUUGACAUAUACUGAUAUAUUUCAAGUCAUAGAUCUUUGGAAGCAGAACCCAACUCUUCCAGACAUACCAGAACGGUAUAUGAUUGCAUCCGACAAUAUCCAAACCAUAUUAGACCGUCAUGAUAUUUCAAUCUCCAAUUAUUCAAACCUGGAAAUGGUUUGGAAAUGUCUAUCUGAACAAACCAACUUCUUGAAAUCAGCUCAAGAACUCUUAAACCAGCAGAUAACCACCAAGAGAAAAUCACCCACAGGAUUAGGCACCUUGAUUGCCCAAUUAAGUGGCGUAAUUAUUGCUAGGGCCGAUAUAGAUCUUCAACGAAGUCAAAUCACCGGAUAUGAACCGGCGGAAAAGAACAAGGAAGUGUUGGUGAAUAAUUGUCGAAAUUUACUCAAGAGUGCGAUGAAUAUUGCCAAUAGCAAUGGAGGAUUACGAGAACUAGCAAUGGAGAAAUUACAGCGAGAGAAGAAAAAGAGUGAACUGGUAUUUCGAUUAUGUUUGAUUGAAAAUAAACUGUCUAUUGAAGAAUUGGAUAAGAUAUUAACUAGAAAACGUUGGAUUAAUGAAGUGAAUGGGAUUAAACGGUUGGGUUAUUAUGAUGUAUCUGGAAUUCAGACAUUAUCAUUAGGGUCAUAG